CAAAAAAAAGGGUAUUGCUUUUUUCUUUCCUUCAAAUGAAUAUUUUUUCCCGAGAAAAUUAAAUCCGUGUCCUUAACCCAGAUCCAUAGAUCAUCACCCAAAUCCUUGCCGAUAAAUUCGUUCCUUUUAGAUUCUUUUUCCAUUUUCCCCUUUUUAUGGGGCAAUCAAAAUAUACCCUUUUUUUUCUUUAAUACUCCUAAGUUUUAUCUCUUAGAAAAAAGACCCAACUUUUUCUCUUUACCUUUUUCCCACCUAGAGAAUGCAGCUUGAUGAUCCCAAAACGCUUGUUUUGGUUCACUGAUCAAUGGGUAUCCCGUAGAUUUUCAAUCAAGUUUCUCCGUUUUUUAGCCCUUUAGUCACUAAUAGGGUUUAUAAAUUUUUUUUCCGAGUGUUUGGAGGGCUUUAUAAGGUUUUUAGAAUCUGAGUUUUGAUUUUGGAGUUGGUAGAUAAGAAUUUUGGUGGAUCUGAGAGUUAGUUUGAAGAGAAGGGUUUUGAGCCAUUUUCCCUGUUGAAAGUCAAGUUUUCCAAUAUUAAUAAAGUGAAAUAAGAGGGGAGGGGCAGUUUUUUUGUUUUUGAGUAAGAUUAGAUCAUGGAGCAUAUUAUUGGUGGAAAAUUCAAGCUUGGUCGAAAGAUCGGAAGUGGGUCGUUUGGUGAACUUUAUUUAGGAGUUAAUGUACAAAGUGGAGAGGAAGUGGCGGUUAAGCUGGAAUCUGUUAAGACAAAGCAUCCCCAACUUCACUAUGAGUCGAAGCUGUACAUGCUUCUUCAAGGAGGGAUGGGUAUUCCCCAUCUAAAAUGGUUUGGAGUUGAGGGUGAAUACAAUGUUAUGGUUAUUGAUCUUCUUGGACCAAGCCUCGAAGACUUGUUCAACUAUUGCAAUCGGAAGUUUUCUUUAAAAACAGUUUUGAUGCUUGCAGAUCAGUUAAUAAAUAGAGUUGAGUAUAUGCACUCUCGUGGUUUUCUUCACCGUGAUAUAAAGCCUGAUAACUUUUUGAUGGGUUUAGGGCGCAAAGCAAAUCAGGUAUACAUAAUUGAUUAUGGCCUUGCAAAAAAGUAUAGGGAUCUUCAAACAUACAAGCACAUACCAUACAGGGAAAAUAAGAAUCUUACAGGAACAGCUCGAUAUGCAAGUGUUAACACUCACCUUGGAGUCGAGCAAAGCAGGAGGGAUGAUCUGGAAUCUCUUGGUUAUGUGCUUAUGUACUUCCUCAGGGGAAGCCUUCCAUGGCAGGGCCUGAAAGCUGGCACCAAAAAGCAGAAGUAUGACAAGAUUAGUGAAAAGAAGAUGCUUACCCCCAUAGAGGUCCUUUGCAAAUCAUAUCCUUCUGAGUUCACAUCGUACUUUCAUUAUUGCCGAUCACUACGGUUUGAAGACCGACCAGAUUAUUCGUACCUGAAAAGGCUGUUUAGAGACCUUUUUAUUCGAGAAGGUUAUCAGUUUGACUACGUAUUUGAUUGGACCAUCCUGAGAUAUCCACAGGUUGGCUCUAGCUCAAGAGCACGGCCAAGCCCAAAGCCAGGUUUAAAUCCCCCUGGUGUAUCUGCUGACAGAACAGAAAGGCCGUCAGUUGGCCAAGAGAUAAGAGAAAGGUUCUCAGGUGCGGUUGGGGUACUUGGUAGACGGAAUGGUUUGCAUGGUGAUCAGUCUAGAUACAGAUCUUCAGAUGAUGUGCCAUCAUCGAAGGAUGUGCAACCUGAUUCAGAAAAGGGUCGCUCCUCCUCAAGAAAUGGUAGUACUUCAAAGAGGGCUGUGGUAUCAAGCAGUCGGCCUAGCUCUUCUGGGGAGCCUAGCGAGAACAGGUCUAGCAGAUUGGUCUCAAGCAGUGGUCGCCUGUCAACAACUCAGAGGGUCCAACCUGGGUUUGAAUCAAAAUCAUCAACUUUUACUCGUACUGCAGCCACAAGAGGUGGUCGUGAUGAUGCCCUCAGGAGCUUUGAGCUCUUGACAAUUGGGAGUGGGAAAAGGAAAUAAAUGGCAUAUGCAUCUGUUAGGGAGGAUUUGCUUGUGUUGAGGGCUUAAUUUCCCUAUUCUAGUCUCUGAUGGAGAUCUUAGCAACUAUAAUGGUAUUUACAAACAGUCACUCUGUAUAUCUGUGUCCAUUUGGGUUCCAUCCACAACAAUCUCAUGAAGAAGUUCAUCCUCAGGAAAACUUUUCGACUCAUUCCUCUUGUACCUCGUCAGGUAUUCUUGCCAUUAUGAUGCCUCUAGAGUCCUAGACUCAUUAAAGAAAGAGAUAAAUGAUCUCACUUUAGGGAAUUGUUCAUAUGUUUCCAACAUUCUAGCUCUAAUAAACACUUAAUAUUUCUUUCUUUCAGAAGCAAAAGAAGAGAACUAUGCCUAGAAGUCUAUUAUGGCAAAGACUUUCUGGCUUUAUGUGAUCUGGCUUACUCUGUUUAUAUCUUUUCGCAUUUUAUGUUGCCAGUAUCUGUAAAACAUGAAUGAUGUUUCUGAUUUUAGCAUUACAAUAUUGUAGUGACCAUAACAUGAUAAUCACUGCUUUUAAA